AUGCCUGGGGACUCCGACUCAUCCAACCUCAAGUUCUCCACAAUGGCAACGGUUUCGCAGCUGGCAUCUUUUGGCUUGGCGUUCCUUUCAACCCUCUUCCUGGUUGUAGCUACCUGGACUGACUGCUGGAUGGUUAAUGCUGAUGACAGUUUAGAGGUCAGCCACAAAUGUCGGGGGCUUUGGAGGGAAUGUGUCACCAACAUGCAAGAUGGCAUCAAAACCUGUGACCAGUUUGAUUCCAUUUUGGCAGAACACCCCUUGAAGAUCGUGGUGACGCGGGCAUUGCUGAUCACCGCUGACAUCCUCUCUGGAUUCGCUCUGGUCCUGCUGGUGUCCGGACUCGACUGUGUCAAGCUUCUCAAGGAUGAACUGCAGCUCAAGACGAAGAUGCGUGGGUCAUCAGGCUUCGUGCUUGGAGUUGGAAGCAUCCUCGGGCUGGUGGGCUCCGUCUGGUACGCCGCUGAUGUCUACAGGGAGAGAGCCAGGCUGGUGCUGCACAGCGUCUUCCUGGGCGUCCACUACGACUUCGGGUGGUCCUGCUGGCUGGCCAUGGCCGGCUCCACGGGGUGCCUGCUGACGUCGCUUGUCCUGACUGGCUCCUUUUUCGCUGCCACAGCUCGGCUGCAGUGUGCCAAGCCUUCCCUGUGGCUGCGGGAUGCUUCUGGGCUGGUCCUCAGCGGCAUCUUGGCUUCUGGGACCUUCAGCUUCAGCCUGACCAUGCCUUGCAGGUACCUGCUGCGAGUUCUCUCUGACCCUGUUUUGCUUCCGGCUUGCUUUCUCUUGCUGCUUUCUGACCUCAGCUUGCCUCUGGUUCUGCCUAAUUCUGCCUUUGCUGUGGGACCUGCCAAGCUUUCUUGGCAGCUGCCCUUGCAUGCUCCUGACGUUGCCUCCAGCUCCGCUGCAUCAUUCAAGGAACCCCUGUGGUCCCAGGCCCUGGCACUGCACCUGUAG